UAUACAUUAUGUUGUACUCCUCAGAAAAUGAUUAAUGACAUUCAGUCAAAGCAAGAGGCCAAAGUGGAGAAAAGAAUCAAGGAGUUUAUUGAUAUGGAGCAACUGGUCUUCACCCAGGACAAGGUAUUACAAAGGAAACUCGACAACUCUGAUGUGCCACAGAAAGCUCUGAUGGACACUGACACUGACACUAACGUCUAUGAUGAUGAGAACAAGAUUUUUAAUUCCAAAGGCUGUGCAUUGUUGGAUACAAGAAACCUAGUUCCAGACAAACUGGUUCUCUAUUAUGAGGUUGUCUAUCAGCGUCUCACAGACUAUGUGCCUAUGCUGAUAAUCCUCUUCAUGCUGAAGGAUGCAGCUAAGAUAUUACGGCAUCAAAUGCUAGAACUGAGGAACGAAGCAGAUGUGUUCAAAUUGCUGAGUGAAGACUCAGACCGAGGGCGAAGGAGAGCUGAUCUAAAGCAGCGUCUGGAGCGCCUCACACAAGCUCAAGAACUGAUAAGCAAUAGACUCUGAGACCAUUUUAUUAAACAUCAGGGGUUUAAAUACAUGUAGCAUAUUACGGAAAUUUCAGUUUCAGUUCUAUCAAUCAUUGAAAUCAGUGAGACACAAUUUAAG